AAAACCCAUUGAGUAAGACGGUAUCUACUAUUACUUUAUCCUUACAUCAUUUAUACUUUCAAAUGCCGUAGAAAUCGAUCAACAUGUUUAACUAUGGAGAUCCCCAGAUUUUGAAGUACUUUUACUAACAAAAAUUUUGUAUGUACACUCUAUUUUUUGGAUGAGAUGGGUAUAGUGAAAAAAAAAAGUACAUAGAAUCGAUAAUUAUAUAUGACAUUUCAUCAUUAAGCUUUAAAUGUAUCGAGUUUACGAAUAACUAGUAAUUAGAACAAAGACUUUAGUCCAAUCCAAACUAAAUACCAUAUUCAAACCGUAUAGACCUCCCAUCAUGGACCAAAUUAAACGAUCCUUGGAUAAUGAUUCAUCAUCAUCAUUACUUAAAAAGCCAAGAUUUGAAUCUUCAUCACAACCAAAAUCUGCCAUUCAUGAAGAUCAAGUGGGGAUAACUGAGUUUAUAAAUAAACAAGGAAGUGGGUUUGUGGGAUCAAUCAAACAACUCUAUACUGAUUUCCAAGUCAAUGAGAUUGAUAUCAAUAAUAAAGUCAUUCAUUUGUUAGAUGAAGGUAUAGAUACUGGUAAGAGUAAAAAAGAAAAGAGAUACGAGAAGAGAGAACAAGAAAGACAAGAACUUGAUGGUAAGACUCCUGAAGAAGUUGAGGCAAUCUUGGAAGAUAGAAAAGCUAAACUUGAAGCAAUUCCAAAGUAUGAAUUAUCAGAUGAACAUCGUUCUGAAUUAUUAACCUUUAUUACUGAAGAAGAAUUGAAACAAGUUGAAGAUUUAUUCACUUCUGGUGAUAACGUGGAAACUAAAUCUACUUUCCCAGAUAAACAAAUAAGAGGUAAGUUACAUCAAUUAUUCCGUGCUGCCUUCCAAAGUAAAUUAGAAACUCUCACAUCACCUGAAAAUACAUUUAAAAUUGCCGUUGCUAGGAAUUCAACCAGAGGUGCAGUUAGACAACAUCCUCAAGAAAGUAUGCAUCAUGUUGAUGAAAAUGGAGUGUUAAACUAUGGAUUAGGAUCAUUUAAAAACUAUUUACAUUUCACUGUAUAUAAAGAGAAUAGAGAAACUAUGGAAAUUGCAUCUUCAAUUUCGAAAUUUUUAAGAUUUCCUCAUAAAGCUAUUACAUUUGCCGGAACUAAAGAUAGAAGAGGGGUUACAUGUCAAAAAUUCAGUAUUCAUAGAGGAAAAGUUAUUAGAGUAAAUUCAUUAAACAAAGCCUUGAAAAAUACUGUAUUAGGUGGAUUUAGUUACGAAGAUGCUCCUUUGAAAUUAGGUGAUUUGAAAGGUAAUGAAUUCAUAAUCACUAUUAGAGAUAUUCAAUCAAUUCAAAAUAAUGUUGAUGUUAGACAAGUUAUUGAUACUUGCUUUAAUUCAUUAAAAGAUCAAGGAUUCAUUAACUAUUUUGGUAUGCAAAGAUUUGGAUCAUUUUCAAUUUCAACUCAUCAACUUGGUAUUCAUAUUUUACGUGAAGAAUGGAAAGAAGCAGCUGAAUUAAUCUUAUCCGAACAAGAAUUAGUGGCACCUGCCUCAAUUGAAGCCAGACGUAUUUGGGCUGAAACCUCUAAUCCAUCAUUAACAUUAAAGAAAUUACCUCAUUUUUUCUCAGCUGAAACUUCAAUUUUAAAGGUUUUGGAAAAGGAACCAUUAGAUAAAAAUGAAGAAUAUGGUAAGAAUUCGUAUUUCAAGAGUAUAACGGCUAUUCCAAAGAAUUUAAGAAUAAUGUAUGGUCAUGCUUAUCAAUCAUAUGUAUGGAAUAAAGUUGCCUCCAAGAGAAUUGAAUUAUUUGGAUUAGAAUUACAAGAAGGUGAUUUGGUAUUUGAUGAUGCAGCUGCUGUUAAACCAGAAGAAGAUGAAGAAGAUGAUUUCGAAGAAGAUGUGUUAGUAAAUAAAGAUGAAAAAGUCAAGCCAUUAUCUAAAGAAGAUAUUGAAAGUGGGAAAUACACCAUUUAUGAUGUUAUCUUACCUACGCCAGGUUACAAAAUAGUGUAUCCUUCCAAUAAACAACUUGAACAAGUCUAUAUUGAUACCAUGGCUCAAGAUGGAUUGGAUCCAUUCAAAAUGGCAAGAAAAGUUAAAGAUUUUUCCUUAACUGGAUCAUAUAGAAAUCUUAUGUCAAAACCACAAGAUUUAAGUUAUGACAUUGUGGAAUAUUAUGAAGAAGGUAAGCCCCUUGUUAGAACCGAUUUAGAGAUUUUAAGACUUAAGAAACAAGGUGAAGAAAAUCCUACUAGAGUGAUUCCCGUAGUUAAACCUAAUGAAGAACAAACUACUAAACUUGCUGUGGUAUUAAAAAUGCAAUUAGGAGUUAGUUCAUAUGCUACUAUGGCGCUUAGAGAAUUCAUGAAAGCUGAUACCGCCAGAUGGAGUGAAAGUAUGCUCAAGACAAAAACUGAUUAGAAAUAUAAUUUUGUAUAUAGUUAAAAAUUAAUAAAUACUUCGAUUUCGGACAUCAACGACACAAAAAUUUAUGAUUGCGCAAUCAAACUAUACGGAAAGGG